AUGGCUCUGAAGAAGCUGGUGAGGUUUGGGAAACAGCUCCUGCGGGUGAAGGUGGUGGACUGUAACGCGGAGGAAUCGCGCCUGGCCCGCUGCCUCAACACCUUCGAUCUCGUGGCCUUGGGUGUGGGCAGCACGCUUGGCGCCGGGGUGUACGUGCUGGCGGGGGCGGUGGCGCGUGAGAAUGCCGGGCCCGCCAUCGUCCUCUCCUUCUUCAUCGCCGCGCUGGCGUCCGUGCUGGCGGGGCUGUGCUAUGCAGAAUUCGGGGCGCGUGUCCCCAAGACGGGGUCGGCGUACCUGUACAGCUACGUGACAGUGGGCGAACUCUGGGCCUUCAUCACUGGCUGGAACCUCAUCUUGUCUUACGUCAUAGGUACAUCCAGUGUGGCCCGAGCGUGGAGUGCCACAUUUGACGAACUUAUUGGGAGGCAGAUCGAGCAGUUUUGUCAUAAAUACAUGAGCAUGAAGGCCCCGGGUAUCCUGGCUGAGUACCCUGAUGUGUUCGCUGUUUUGAUUAUCCUCACCCUGACAGGCUUGCUGGCCUUUGGUGUGAAGGAGUCAGCCAUGGUCAACAAGGUGUUCACCUGUAUCAACGUGCUGGUGCUGCUGUUCAUGGUCAUUUCUGGCCUGGUGAAGGGAACACUGAAGAACUGGCACUUGGUGCCUGAGGACAUCCUCAACGGCACCAACGCCUCCCUCAAUGGGUCGGAUCCAUUGCCGCUGAAGGAGAGCCUGGGCCUGGGAGGAUUCAUGCCCUUUGGGUUCACGGGGGUCCUGUCAGGCGCGGCCACGUGCUUCUAUGCCUUCGUGGGGUUCGACUGCAUCGCCACCACAGGUGAAGAGGUGAAGAACCCUCAGAAGGCCAUUCCCAUCGGGAUCGUGGCAUCCCUCUUGAUCUGCUUCGUGGCGUAUUUUGGCGUGUCAGCCGCCCUCACAAUGAUGAUGCCCUACUACAUGCUGGACAAAAACAGCCCCUUACCUGUGGCUUUCAAGUACGUGGGCUGGGAGGGGGCAACCUACGCCGUGGCAGUGGGCUCCCUGUGUGCGCUGUCUACAAGCUUGCUCGGGGCCAUGUUCCCAAUGCCCAGGGUCAUCUGGGCCAUGGCAGAGGACGGCCUGCUCUUCAAAUUUAUGGCCGAAAUCAACCCGAGAACCAAAACCCCUUUAACUGCUACUUUAACAUCGGGCAUUGUAGCAGCGGUCAUGGCCUUCCUCUUUGACCUCAAGGACCUGGUUGACCUCAUGUCCAUCGGAACACUGUUGGCCUACACCCUGGUGGCUGCCUGUGUCCUUGUGCUCAGGUACCAGCCGGAGCAGCCGAACCAGGCGUACCAGAUGGCCAGCACGCAGGACGAGAUCGAGCUGAGCGAGUCCAUCGGCGCCCCCAGCACCAGCAUGCUGCCCGGGGUGGAGGAACGCUUCAGUGCCAGGAACCUGCUCUUCCCGGCCAACACGGAGCCGUCCAACCUGUCUGGCUUCGCCGUCAACGUCUGCGCCGCCAGCCUAGGAUGCUUGAUUCUGGUAUUCUGUGUUCUGGCGGUUCAUGGUGGGGUGGUGCUGUGGAACAUGGCAGUGCUGAGCAUCCUGGCCAUAGCCUGCCUGUGUCUCACCCUCCUUAUCUGGAGGCAACCUGAAAGCAAAACCAAACUGUCCUUCAAGGUACCCCUUCUGCCCUUGCUCCCCGUGAUCAGCAUGUUCGUCAACGUGUACCUGAUGAUGCAGCUGGACAGGGGCACCUGGGUCAGAUUCGCUUUCUGGAUGGCCAUAGGGUUUGUUAUAUACUUUGGCUAUGGGAUCCGACACAGUACAGAGGCCGCGCUGGCUCGCUCAGGCACCGAGGCCGACCUCAACGGGUACAAGCGGGCCUGCACGCUGAACGGGGACCCCAUCGCCCCCGAAAAAGAGGCCUUCUUCAGCGGCGGGUGUGAAGCCGCAGAGGAGGACGAUGGAGAUUUGUGAGGAUCCAGGGGCUUGCUGCUGUAACUGCCACCAGCUCAACGAACUGAGUUUAACGUCAACUGCGACGCUUGCAUCAUAGGCCUGGCAUUUUUUCAUUUUCAUUAUUUAUAGAAAAAAAGCUGUCUUGCAAAUGAAAGGGAACCCAGGCAAAGUAAGCUGUCUGGCCCAUGAGAGCUCUUCACAUAAAUAAGGAGAUGGGUGGGGUCUAUUCUCCUGGCGCUUGUGGCUGCUAAAUUGCCUGUGUGCUGCAGCACCCUGACAAGUGCUGUUGUUGGUGUCGCUUGUUUGUUUAUAUUUUCAGUUUGCAAGAACCCAAAAAUGAAAGCACUACUUUUCUUUACUGUGUAGGGGGAGGUGGCUAGGGCCAUUUUAAAACUGCAGCUUUUGCCAAUUUUCUGAUUUGUUUCUGUCUGAUCUGGAGGUCAGCAGCUUUGAACAAAACACUCAGCUCCUGAGUUAGCGUUUAUUUGGAGCAUAAUGGCUGCUGCAACCCAUUGACUUUGUGGCAUAUGCUUUCUUGUGGAAGCUUUUAGCAUUGCCCAGCUAUCUGUUCAGUGGAGUUACAUACCCCUUUUUGGGGUAUGGGUGAGGUACUGACCUCCUUUUCUAGUGAUCCUGAAAUACUGCCACACUCAAGUGUAUGAGUGACAAUACCCUUUAGAGACACUUUGCUUUAUAGCUCUUAUUGCAAUAAUGUACAGUGCAGAAUAAAAUCUGAGAAAGAAUUGUUUUAAAACGUGCAAAAAAGAAAAGAAAAUGAUCUGCCCAUGCGAUAGCUAGUUUGAUUGCUCUAACAAACUGAGACAUUCAAAAGAACCCAGGGUAGAUGUGUUGACCUUAGAAUGGAACUGAAUAGCUUACAGACUCUGGUGGCCUCAUAGAAAGGAGCCCAACAGUAGGAUUCUGACAGGGUGAGCUGACAGUCCCUCUUUUAUACAGACCUGUUUAAUUUUAAACAGAAAUUAAUUAAUAUGAUAUGAUAUUGGUGAGUGUUCAUUGGUUUCUGAUCCUUGGAGACUCCCCCCACCUCCACAGGGUAAUGGUUUGUUCCAUAACUUAGGCUUACUUGUAAUGUUGUUGGGAGGGGGGCUCUAAAUUAUAAUUAAAGAUAAUAAUAUAUUCCUCCACAAAUUUAUAUUCUACAGAUUUAAUAAAGUAUGUUUAUGAAAACUGGUCACCACAUUUUCAUAGUCAGCUAUCAUACACUUCAUGAGGGUGAGGGUAUAUAUUAGUAUUCUAUUUUUUUUUACCAGAACUGAGAGAACUUGAAAAAAAAAAAAAGCCAACCCAACUUGAAAAAUGUUGAGAGAGUAGCCCAGAAACCCUUUCACCCUCUUUUACAAAGAUAAUCAUUAGUGCCACCUAGUGGUAUAGCCCAAAGAGAGCCCCUGUUCUCAGGGAGUUGCUGAGAUGAUACAACAUAUUGAGAACAGUGCUGGAUUCUGUCACUCAGUAAAGCCACACCACUUGGCUUGUGUUUUGUUGUUGCUGUUUUUGGAAAAAAGAACGUAACUUUUUUGUUUUUUCAAAUCAAUUCUUUCUCCAGUUGUGAAAUGCCGAGUUGUAACAAAACAAAAAGCAAUAUCAGCCACUUUUCUCACUUCUCACUCUACAGUCCAGUUGAGUAAGCACCAGCAUUGAGCCCGAGGUUGUUACAUGUGCAGUUUGUGCAAGGGAGUUCCUGGUGCACAAGGCAGCAAACAUGACCCAAAUAUGUUCCAAGUGUGUUGAUUGUGUAGCAAUUGUGGUUUGAACAGGCGCAGUGCUAUAUUUUCUCCACAUUGUUGUAGAGGUCAUUGUGGACUUGUUCUUUGGCUGGUUGAAAAUCAAGGUAAUUUACAUCCCAAAUGAAGAUUCUUCUCUUAAAUCUCCAGUGUCAUGCUAGUAGUGUAUACAUUUCAUUGAUCAGGCUUCAUGUGAAAUUAGUAAAAAUAUGAAUUAAUUAUUUGUGUAUAAAUAUAUCUUGCUAUAUGCACAAGACAUUUUCUGUAAAUAAAAAUUUGUUUAUAUUUUCCUUGUGGUAAAUUAUUUGUAAAUUACAAACAUGCAUUUUUUUUUUUUUUUUUUUUUUUAAAGCAGUUGUUUGUUAAAUGUCUUGAGAUUGUCAGUGCUGGUGAAUGGUCUGUGUCGAACGAAGGUGUCAGAAUCUAGUCCUGGAAGCCACAGUGUCCGCUGGACUUUGAUGUGUUUGAGCGCCAGUGAUCCCUUUAAUCCGCGGAUUGACUAAACAGUCCUCACGCCACGUUCUGAAGGCUUUAACUGGCUGCUAUAUGAAAGGAAAUCAUGAAAACGUGGCGACACUGACCCUCCACUGGACUGGAGUUUGGCACCCACCAUUUGCUGAGCCUUGACUUGGUACUUUGUCGCGUACUGAAUGUUCCAUGUAAAAAUAAUACUUAGACUGUUUGUGUGAGUAUUGUAUAAAGUAACUGCAUUUCUUACACAAACCUGGGAUGCACCAGGUCCCUGAAGGUUUGUACCUUCACCCUUUUGCACUAGUGUAAGAUAAAGUUGAUGUGUGGUACGUACACCCAUGCAACAUGAGAAAUAUCUUAUCUUGCAGGAAGGUUAGGAUGUACCCCUGUACAAUUCGCUGUGACAUCUUUACUUUCACGUGUGCCUUGAAUUUACAUAUCACAAUUAGGUCUAUUUUUCUAAGAAGAAAUGUGUUCACUGCUUUUGCUGCUCUUGAAAUAUGCACACCUGCCAAAGCUUUUAGACACCCUGUUUACAAAGUAAAUUUGUAGCCCACAUGGCAAUGUAGCUGACUGUGACACAACCGUCUCAUUCAGUUCAGCAUUCUGUAGUUUUGUACUUUUUGAUGGAAACAGCAAUAUUUAACUAGUGAUGUACCCAAGGAGAAUAUAUCAUGUUAUUUGUAUUUUUUUCAGAAUACAUGAAAGCAGCCUUGUUAUGAGUGACUUUGGCUAUAAUGUCUAGCCCAAUUCAGAUUUUUUUUUUUUUUCAAAUCUGAUCUGUUUAUGUCCAUCUGUCUGCACUAGCUCAUAUAAGUGAUUUGUAUGUGUGCCCAUGCGUUCAGACACGCUGCACUUUGAAAUGCCUCUCAACUGCAAAAUGAGAAGUUGUACGCAGGGAGAGAGAUGUACGAUGUAGAAAAAAGCACUUGAACGCAAAGAAAUCCAAUCAGUGUGUCGUCUUUGCACGUGUCACGUCUAGAGAUUUGGAACUGAAUCGCAAUGUAUUUUCGCUGUUUGUUCAAUGGAUGAAAAUUUUUGUUCCAUACCCGAGUCAGAUCUCUGUCAGGCAAUCAUAACAGUCUAAUCAUUGUGUAAAGUGUAUGUCAUCUACAUCAGUUUAAGUUUUACUCUGUUUUCUUGGACCAUUUCUAAUGUCAUAUCUUGGUGUCGUUGUAUUUGUACAUAAUGCUUAGAUAACACUUUACAUUGGAGUGCUGCCUAUAUGUAUAUAAAAUGAAUUAAUAAUAUGCCAUAGGUCAUAUAAUAACAUAUAGGCUCACGUAUACGCCCUUUUAUUAUCAUUAAGGAAAAAUGUAUGCUUUACAAGAUAUGUAAACAAUUACCAAUAAGUCAUUUUUUAAAAAUAUAUGGAACAAAAUAUUACUCAAAAGUAAUUUUUCUGCAAUGUAAAUAUCUGAAAGGUGUUACUUGUAUGUAAGUGGUGCUGUAAAUAAAUUCUUUCCAAGA